AUGGACCUGCUUCCAGUGCUACCUGACGCGCGCGUGUCGCUGAUCUCUGCGAUCCAUGCCCUCAACAUUGAGUGGGUCCAGUUUGGUAUGGUCAACGAGACUGCACCCAUUGAACUCUACCACCUUCCAGUGCUUGACCCAUCGGACCCCACUUUUGACUACUUUGCGUGGCUCUUCUUGUAUGAUUGGGCGAUCGGCAACCGCGAAGUCAUCUCGUUCCAAGGCGAUCUCGGUUCCCUAACCGUCAUGGGCGACACUCUACCUCAGUUAUUGCAAACUGUCGACAAUGCGCAGCUGCCAACUGUCUUUGCUCUCUACGCACUCCAAGCCAUCCGCUACGUCACCUUCGUCAUGAUCAUGCUCGCAGCCGUCACGUUUGUGUACAUUUUACUCUCAAGAGGUCACAUCCAGGGUCUCAACAUGUUUGAAAUGAGUCGCGUCGGCGGCAUCGUCUGGAUCGGUCGACCAUUGGUCGUGGUCCGGAGUAUCACGGCUCUCUGUCUUCUCUCGACAGCCUCCAUUGAGCUUCAAACUGACGGCGUCUUCAGCUACUUUGUCACGACACCCGUCCCGCUUUUGACGACGUGUCUCGCAGCCAAUGAAGUCACGUGGCUUGUCGGCAUCGUCAACGACAUUUCGCUCGUCUGGACGCAAGACCACACGAUCGCGUACGCCACCAUCAACAGUCUGCUCAUGUGGCUCAUCUCGGCGCUUAUCUCCAACUUGUGA